CCUACUCUCUUUCAGCAGCUCAGCGUCCUCGCCGUGGCCUCUCUCCGGUUCUGUGCCGCCGUUGCCGUAUUUUUCCGCUCAUUCCACCGGAACCUCCCUCUCUUAGAGGAUUUGGGCUGACUUUCUACUCUUGCUGUUUCCGGUUAAUCUACUAGCAGACGAGUGUUCUUGUUUAAAUUGUUGUUUGGUUGCUAAAGGACUAAUACUCGUAUGUUACAGUACUCUGCGCGAAGAAGUAUGCCCCUUGUUGUCUUGGCAAAUCUUUCUCAUGGGAAGAGAUCCUUGUAAUUUUGUUCCUUGAAUUCGUUAACCAACUCCCGACCAGAACUUUUUAAGGAUUCAAGGGAGAAGAGAGCUGAUGGUGGAAGUAUGGUGGUCGAUAUUGGGGGCAGCUAUUCCAGCAGUAGUUGCAGGACAAGCAUACAGAAUGAGGAGGAGGCAUUCUGAGGAGCAGAAAAUAAAGACAGCUAGGGGAAGGGAGAAGAAUCCAGAAGACAUUUUUGUCUGUGAGAGGGUCUGCACAUCAAAAAGAAUGUUGAAAAAGGUAGGCUCAUUCUCGAAAGACCCAAUUCCCGAUACUUGCAUGACUGUAUGUGGAUUAUCUGAACUCGACGCCUGCACGGAUGCAUGUGCUCGCACUGUCUGUGUGAACCAGCAUCAAGUACCAAACUGGAACGACAUUUGUCUUAGGAGAUGCCAGAGUGAAUGUCUUAAGCUUUCUGCUUCACAUUCAUCUUAGUGAAUCUGGCAUGAUGUGUGUAAAUAAUGUGGUCUUUCCAUGCAUACCCUGUAUCACAUUUUGAGUUGUGAAACAUUGACCUAGAGAACUUUUGGCUUUCUGGAAGAUGUUAUGAAAUGUUUUUCUCAAUUUACCCAAGUUCCUCUUGUUAUAAUACAGUGUUGCUUCUUUAA